UUUAUAAGCCACCUCAAACACCUCUUCAUAACACAAAUCACAAACACACACACACACAAAAAAAAAAAAACACAGCUUCUCACAUCUUCUUCUUCUUCUUUCUCAGCAAUGGCCAAAGAGAGAGAGAAGAAGCUCUACGUGGCAGUGCUCGGAAACUACGCUGCAGAACUCAAGCUUCUCCUCACAACACUGCUUCUCCUCUGCGUGGUGGCCACGCUUCUUCAGUUCCUCCCUUCCCGCUUCACCAUCUCAGCCUCCGAUCUCCGUGUCUGCAUCUCACGUGUCACGCAAACAACACCCAUACUUUCCAACACAACAAACGCUACUUCGUCGUACCCAAUAAAAGCAUCAUUAUCACAUGCCUCACCACCCCCGCUGCCGCCGCCGUCACCGCCUCCACCGCCACCGUCGGAGCAAGUCCUCCCCGGAGGCAUCAUCAAGCGUGUGUUCAACCCUUACGGCUCUGCAGCCUACAACUUCAUCACCAUGGGCUCUUACCGUGGUGGCCUCAACACGUUCGCCAUCAUUGGCCUCGCGUCCAAGCCUCUUCACGUUUACGCUAAACCGACGUACGAGUGCGCGUGGCACUCACUCGCCGGCGAGAAACUCUCCACCGCCGUCGGCUACAAGAUCCUCCCCGACUGGGGCUACGGCCGCGUCUACACCGUCGUUAUAGUGAACUGUACCUUCCCGGCUCCACUCAAUGCUGACAACUCCGGGGGGAAGCUCGUCCUCUCCGCCUCUACCUCCGGCGGCGGCGACGCCAGCUUCAACAUCACCGACACCAUAGAAGCUCUCACGGAACAACCCGGCACUCUCGACACUACGUUGUUCACGUCGAGGCCGAAGUACGAUUACCUGUACUGCGGUUCCUCUCUCUACGGGAACCUGAACGCGCAGCGCGUGAGGGAGUGGAUCGCGUACCAUGUGAAGUUCUUCGGGCCGAGGUCGCAUUUCGUGAUUCACGACGCCGGCGGCGUGCACGCGCAGGUGCGGGAGGUGCUCCAGCCGUGGAUUGAUCUGGGGUACGUGACGUUGCAGGAUAUAACGGACCAGGAGCGGUUUGAUGGAUACUACCAUAACCAGUUCAUGGUGGUGAAUGAUUGCCUACAUAGGUACAAGUUCAUGACUAAGUGGAUGUUCUUCUUUGAUGUGGAUGAAUACAUCUAUGUGCCACCCAAGAGCACUAUCAAGUCUGUGCUUGAUUCACUCUCCGAGUACUCGCAAUUCACCAUUGAACAGAUGCCGAUGAGUAGCAAGCUGUGCCUCACUUCCGAUUACGGCAAAACAUAUAGGAAAUGGGGUUUUGAGAAGCUGGUGUAUAAAGAUUCGAAGAAAGGGAUCAGAAGGGAUAGAAAAUACGCAGUGCAACCUAGGAGUUUGUUUGCGACCGGUGUUCACAUGUCGCAGAACCUUGCGGGGAAGACAACCCACAAAACAGAGGGCAAAAUAAUGUACUACCACUACCAUGGAACCAUAGCUGAAAGGAGAGAAUCUUGUAAAAUGCUUAUAAAUUCGACAGAAAUCACGUACGAGAAAACCCCUUAUGUGUUGGACACCACCAUGAGAGACAUUGCUGGUGUGAUCAAGAAAUUUGAGCUCAAGAUGAUUGGAAAUAGGAUACAGAAGACACGGCAAUGACACUGCCAACACUUUUUUAUUUUAUUUUUUGAACUAUAUGAUAAUAAUUUAACUUGUGUUAGAAAAUAGGAAUUCAUUGAGCAGUUCUUUCUUUUCAUUUUUUUAUGUGGUAUAUUUACAGAUGGGUAUAUGAUCUUUGUUUCAUUUUUAAUAUGUGUUCCUUUUUUUUUUUAUUCUUUCCCUUUUUACAUUUUGUAAAAAAUAAUGAAUAAAGAUGAAUGGUUCAA